GAACGGAUCGUUUUGUUUCGCUUCCCUCUUUCUUGACCGCGUUUCUCUUUUUUUUUUUCUCUCUUUCUCUUGCGUCCCUGUGUGUGUGUGUGUGUGUGUGUGUGCGUGUGGAGCGUGCAGUUUGUUUGGUUUGGUUUUCUCGGUUCGCGGGAUCGAAUCCAGGGACAGGCUAAACAUUUUUUUCUCGAAUAUUUCAAAGAAAAAUGGACGGAUUAGUUUGUAGUUCGGUUUUAGUGAAUUCUUCCGACUUUCACGACAUUUUCACAGAUCCCGUUUGGUUCAAGAAUUCUGAAUUGGUGGCGUCGUCUGCUCAUCCCCUCCAGCAGCAACAUCUUCACGUGCAUCAUCACCAACAACAGGCGCAACAUCACCAACAACAACAGCAACAGAUUCAACAGCAACAAUCGGGCCAUCAUCAAAUCCAUCCCGACUACAACACUCAUCGAUACAACAUGGCCGAUCAGUUUCAACCGCACACGCCGAGUUUUGGUGAUGACGAAUUCGAUAUCGGGUCCAUCGGUUUGAUGGGCGGCGUUCCCAUUGCUGAGCAACAGCAUCAUUUGCAUCCGCACCAGCAACAACAGCAUCAGCAGCAGCCGCAACAACAGCAGCAGCAGCAGCAGCAGGCCAUGUAUCACGGCAACCCUUCGGCCGGAGGUGACAUGUCGUCACACUAUCCGCUUUACAAUCCGCACGCCAUGUCGGAUGGAGGAGGUUACACGCUGCAGACGUUGGGGUCGCCACCGGCCAACAAUCCGAUGGCCUCCGUCAACAGGUACUCGCCCCAGCAGCAGCAGCAGCAACAACAACAACAGCAACAGAUUCCGCAACAGCAAGUUGGUCGCAUCACCGUCGAGUGCCGGCCACUUCAGACGGAAGCGGAAAUGCACAGGAUCUCGGCCACGACGAUGGCCCCGCCCAACUGGACAGGCCAGGCUCUUAUGACGGGCGUCAAUACAUCGCCCCUGGGCUCCAACGUGUCGGCCACCCCGCCCAGCGGCGACACUAGCGAGGAAAGUGGCGACGAUUGCCAUUCCAUCGCACAGAUCAAUGCCAAUAAACGUCCGUCUCCUGAACCCAUUGAGACGAAUACCGGCCGUGCGGGCGGUGGCCAAGCUGCUGCCAAAAAAGCCAAAGUCACUGCGGCCAAAAAGAAGAAGAGGAGGGAUCCUCACGAGCCUCAAAAGCCCGUCUCUGCGUACGCCCUCUUUUUCCGGGACACUCAGGCCGCCAUUAAAGGUCAAAAUCCGAACGCUUCGUUUGGUGAAGUGUCCAAAAUUGUCGCUUCCAUGUGGGACGCCCUGGACGCGGAUUCCAAAAACGUGUACAAAAAGAAAACGGAAGCGGCCAAAAAGGAAUAUUUGAAAGCUUUGGCCGCCUAUAGAGCCAGCGUCGUGUCGAAGGAGGGCAACAACGGUCCGGGUAACAACGAAAGUGUUCCAAUGUUCCAGGCUACAAACAAUACGCCAGCGCCGCAGCAGCAACAACAACAGCAACAGCAAAACGUGGCGACACAGAAUUUCGCCAAUUAUCAAAGUAAUUACAACAUGCCACCUCAGCAACAGCAGCAACAACAGCCGCAGUACACGGCGACGAUGGCCGUGACGUCGGCGCCCAUGCCCCAACAACCGGCGUCGCCCAUGUCGAAGAAACCGUCUCCGCUGUUGAAUUCCUUGAUGGUCGAUCAGCAACAGCAACAACUACACCUACACCAGCAGCAAAUACAACAUCAGCAGCAACAACAACAGCAGCAACAACAGAAUAUGAUGAAUUAUCCGAUGAAUAAUCGGCCGGCUUACAUGAACCAACAACCGCAAAUGAUCCAGACGACUGUACCUCAUCAGGUCCAGCAGGCCGGAAUGAAUUAUUCACCUCACAUUAUGCAACAACAACCUACUCAGCAACAACAACAACAGCAGCAGCAGCCACAAUCUCAGCAACAGCAGCAACAACAACAGCCGCAAAGAGUACAACAUUUAAACCAGGUCACAGCUACAGGUAAACCUGGCCCAGGUACCAACGUUCAUCCGCAUUGCAUCCGCUCCGGAUGUCCAAACGCAGCCAUUUCAAGUCCAGACUGGGAAAAUGAAUACUGCAGUAACGAGUGCGUCGUCAGCCAUUGCAGGGAUGUUUUCUCAGCGUGGGUGGCUUCCGGCCAAGGUGCCCCACCCGGUUAUCCACCGCCGGUCAAGUAAAAUGAAAAUUUCCUUUAAAAAACAAAAUUGAAUUGACAUAUUAUUUCAUAUGAAUCAUCAAACAUUUGAGGGCGGAAAAUUAAAAUAUGAAGAGGAUCAUGAAAAAAAUAAAAUUAAAUACUUAAGAAAUUACGCGAAUGACGAGAAAAAGCUUUUACACAUUUAAAAAAAAAGAAAAGAUCAAUUUUUUUCCCCCCUGUUUUCCUCUUUAAAUUUUUUGAAAAAAGAAAUUCCUUUUUGCCAACCGUUGAUUGUAUAAUUUCUCGCUCCAUGUAAUAAUAAUUAAUAAUAAUUAAUUAAAUAAUGAUCAUAAUAAAAUAAGAAAAAAAGAGAAGAAAAAAAAGGAACAACACAUGACACGUUGAUGUUAAAAAAAAAUUAAUAAGUUCAAUUUGUGCCACUGUUCAAAUAAAAGCAAUCCUAAAUUCAAUCCCAUCCCCUCCUUGCUAUCUGGCUCCCGUUUGUACUAUUUUUUGAUUUUAUUUUAAUUUUUUUUAACAUUGGAGGAUAUAGAAGAAAAACAAUUGAGUUUCAAAACGGAGAGUUGAAAAACCUUUGUAAUGGACAUUUUUAUUUUUAAGUUAAAUGAAAAGAAAAAUACCAGUUUCCACUCUCAUAUUUUGUCAUCAAAUGAUGCGCGCGGAGUUAUAUAUUUUCAAUGCCAUAUGUUUGUUUGAUUUUUAUUGAGCAACAUUUUCCCUCUUUUAUUUGGAGUAGAAUUGAAAGAAAAAAAUUAUUAUUUUUUUUUUUUUUCAAAAGGACAAACAAAAAAAUAAGAAGAAGAAAAAAAUUGGAUUUGUUUUGAGCGGAAUGAUUUUGUUUUUCCAAUUUUUUGUUGGUCGCUCGAAAGAUUUGCUAUUGAAAAGUUGAAAUGAUGGUGGCGAAAAAAAAAAAAAUUUAAAUAUACCUCUUUGUGUUUCAUGA